AAACCCUUCUCGCCGCCGCGUACACGGAACGGCAUCGCACUCUCUGUCCGCGAUCACGGGGACGAGAAGUUUGACCCCGUUAAGUCGGUCUCUCGCGUCUCUGACACCUGUUGAGUACAGUUGUAAUACGCGACCGCGGCGUGUACAUUCGGUAAGGUAUAAUAAUAAUAAUAAUAAUUGUAUCCAUCACUCAUUACUCGUAUCCUAUAAUAAUAAUAAUAAUAAUAAUAUAGUGCGACGGUGUAAAUAAAAAACGGUACGUUAAUUGUUAGUAAAUAUAUAUACAUAAAUAUAUAUUUAUAGAGGACGACGAUAUUAAAUAUUAUAUUCUCCUCGACGACGAUGACGAGUUGGAUAUCGCCGUGUCGUUUUCUUUUAAAAAUUAUUUUGUAAAAAAUAAGCUACAAUAAUUGAUACCGUUAUAAUAUAAUUUAAAUUUUUUAUAAGUAAUACAUUAUCCACCGCGAGAGUGUCAUAAUAUAAUUAAUGUGCAUCGAAAACGAGUCGUUUCGCAGCACCGUCAUCGAAAAUAUCGUACCAAAUAUAGUUUGUCUCGAGCACUUGGUAGUAUAAUAAUCGUCGUCAGUGUCCGGUCCAGUGCGAUUCGGUGAAGUUUAAAAAAAUCGAGAAAUAGUUUCGUAUACGCGGCCACCUAUAUUAGUUUUCGGUCACCUCAACGUCGGUACAUAUAAUAUAUUGUAAACAGGAGUCACCGAGCAAGCAGCAGUUCAAUACGUAUUACGAGACGUUGAUAAAUUUACCUGUGAAUAAAAUUUGGACCGUGAAUUCAUGUGCAUUUUCGUAGGGCAGCGAAUUCAUCACUCAUAAAUUAUAACGUUUAUACAUAAUGCAAAUGCAGCAACAAAAAAUGCCUCGAGACGGAGCAAAAGGCAAACACCAAUUUAAACGGCGAUUCAGUCUACAACCGUCAUCGUUCUUCCGCGAUGAUUCGUUGUCGUCAAGCCACUCGAUAGCUAGCGGUAGCGUUGAGGGCGGUCACCAUCACCACGACCAGCUGCAACCACCAACGUCGUCUUCCGACCCGGCCGACGUAACGCGGCACAAGAUCGUUGUGAUGGGUGCAGCGCGAGUUGGAAAGUCGUCGCUGAUCACGCAGUUCCUGUACCGGAAGUUCUCGUCCAAGUACAAGCGGACUGUGGAGGAAAUGCACCAUGGCCAGUUCACGGUGGAGGGCGUGAAAAUUGACUUGGACAUAUUGGACACUUCCGGCGCAUACGAGUUUCCCGCCAUGCGCGCCCUGUCCAUAUCGUCGGCAGAUGCUUUCGUGUUGGUCUACUCUGUCACUGACCCUGAUUCGUUCCAACAGGCAGCCGCCAUCAGGGAUCAAAUCAUCGAGACCAAGCACACUGCAGAUGUACCGAUUGUCGUGGUCGGUAAUAAACUCGACUUGGCUAAUACUGACCGAAAGGUACCGUACGAGGAGACGUCGUGUCUGGUAGAAGUGGACUGGGAAAACGGUUUUGUGGAAACGUCUGCAAAGGACAACAUAAACGUGGGUGAAGUGUUCAAGGAACUAUUGAACCAGGCGAAGAUCAAGUACGACCUGGGACCGUCGUUGCGGCGGAACUCGGCGCGAAGACAAUCGUUGCCGUCCGGCGGCGGUUCGGGCCAGGGGUCGAUGGUGCCCACGCCGGCGCAACUUGCUCACCUGCAGAAAAAGGCGAGCGGCAAAGACGACGGCGGAGGUGGCGGCGGCGGCGGAGGUGGUGGGAGAUCGAAACGCAACUCGUGUUCGAUAUCAUAAAAAUAAAAUUUAGAAUAAAAACAAAAACAUCAAACGAAAAAAAUAUAAUAUAUAAUAACUACCACUACAGGGUGUGUAGGAAUAUUCGUAUGUAUGCCUAACUACGACUGCAUUCUACAGUACUUACACAUUAUAUACCAUCACAGUUAAACGCGCGUAAUUAUGUAUAUUAUUAUCUCUAAUUCCGAGUACGAUUACUAUAAUUAGAUACUAUCACUACUAUUAUAUACUUCUUCUACUUCUACUACUACUUCUGCUCGUCCUUCUGAUGCUGGCGCUCCUGGAAUAAUUAGCUAUAUGUAUGUACUAACUAUAAUAGCGCAACGCGCCUCGCGAAGUCACGGAUGUCAUUCUAAAUAAAUGAAAAUUCGUAAAAAUAUUUCAAAAGAAUGACGUAUAAAAAAAAACUUAAUAGAAAGAAAACAUAUUAUUACGAAAUUGAUACGUAUAGGCAGGCGCCAAAAUUAGGAGAGUUUGUUGUGUAGAUGGUAACUGUGUAUUGAAUGUUAGUAUCCUUAAACUUAAACGAUAUUGAAUGUACAAUAUUGUAUUAUUAUUAUUACACCGUUGCAGAUGGAUUUCGUUCCGUUGUUAUAUUAUAUACUUGAAGUUUUAUUCGGCUUGUUUAAAUUAAUUAUAAAUAUUACAUAUAGGUACCUAACUCGUUCGACUUAUUAUAUUAUAGACUAUUUAAUCGUUUUAAAUGUUUAUGGUUUAUUUGAUAUAGUAUAAGCCAUCUAUUUAUAAUGUUAGCAGUGUAAUAUAUUGUACAAAGUAUUGUAUUUAUGAUAACUGAUUUAUGGGAGAGGAGUGUAAAAGAGCCGUAGAAGACAAUACCGUUUAUACAGCUGAAAAUCACACCCUAAAUAUUGUAAGUACACUUCUUAAUGGUUCGGGUUCACGGUGAUAGGAAUACAUCGAUAUAAAAACAGUCACUCGCGCGUAUUUUAUUUUUCGAAACAAAACAUCAGCUCCUUUCCGAUUUUUUUCCUCUCGAUCGAAAGAUUAAAACGUAUAAUAUAUGUAACUACGUUGAUCGGCCAAGCGGGUAUAAACUACCAGUAAAGUCUCUCUCUCUCUAUAUAUAAACGAGACAUUUCUGUGCAUGUAUAUAUACAGCAUUGUACACAUCAUUGUAUUGUUCAAACUUCGUUUACGGCUACACCGCGAGUGUGGGGAUAUAUGGCGGACUCGCGAUAGCUUCCGGAUUAUUGUACAUAGAGAGAAGGAAAAAGAAAAAAGGAAAAUUCUCUUUAUCUCGUCCGCGCAGAUGGUUUUUACGUGUACUCGGACUUACCUGAAAAGGAUUUCCCGUCUGGAAGUUUUCAGAGUUAACACUGCAACUUGUUAACUGUAAAUUGGUCACAAAAUCGGCACAAUUGCUUCUGCAGCUUUUCGUCACUAUAUAUAUCGAAUCGACAAAUUUCAUAUAUAUGCGAGUUUACGCCGCAUUAACAGGAAGGUUUUAACACACCUUUAUCGCCACAGUAUUCAUCCUGGUCGACAACCGUGUGCCAAUUGUUACUAUUUUCUGUUGGGUUAAUCUGUGUAAUCUGUUUUCAUUAUUUUAAAAAUGUACGAUGUGAAUACGUCACGUAAUCCUGUCUUUUUAAGAAAAUUGAAUGAUCGAUUUAAUAAUAAAAUUUCUACGCUGCACUAGUUUUCUAUGUAUAGAAUGCUAAAUGACACAUUUUUAAUAUCAAUAAUAAUAUUAUAUUAUACUAUACAUAAAUUUGUUUAACAUUAAAAAAGUAGGUACCUAAUAAUUAUAAUAUAAUAUCUACUGACUCUCAAUACAAAUUUCAAAUUACCAUAAAUCAACCAUUACUAUGGGUGAUCGUGGUAAGGUAACACGUAGUGAAAAAAUAACUUUAACCAAUUAAACUUUAUUAAAAAUGUUCGACUCGAUUGCACGAUAAAGUACCAUAAAUGUAAUUGACUAUUAAACGUUGUACAUUAAAAUGAAGUUGUGUGUAUUAUUUCUGUUAUUAUACCAACUCGUAGGUAACAAAAUAUUGGCUGUGUUCUUCCGAUAUUUUAAUUUUAAAGUGAGUUAUAACCUAUGAGACGGAGACGAUAAAUGCAGGAUGAGUAGCUGUUUAAGUCCUCUUACAAUAAUCCAUUUUACUCUGUUAUUUUUUAAUUUAUUGUGAAUCGACUUAUAAAAUUUAAAGGCAAGAUUAUUGUUUAGGAUACCUCAAAGGAUUUUAUUAGUAUUUUAAUUUUGAAUCAAGUUAUGAUUAUUUUAAAAUGUACAAAAAUAUACUGUAUAGGCGUGACGUCCUCUUAAUAGAAAAUCUUAUCUAUGUUUUAUCGGUUGUGUUAUACUUCAGUAUGAAUAUGUAUGUAAUUAAAAUAAUAAUAUAUUGCUAGAUAUAAGUGAAGUAAAACUAAUAAUUUCAUUAUAACCAUGUGUGACUUGUUAUUUUUUAAGCGGUGAGUAAAAUAAUAAAAAAAAUUCAAUAAUGCCAUUCACUUUGUGGAAUAUAAUAUCGUAAUAUGUAUAGGAAUACUACGGAAAUACAUGAAACAAGCCUUUACGUCACUACUCUUCCGAAAAAUGCACCUCCUAACAAUUAUUUUUAUUUUAUUACUCAUGAAAAUAAAUAAUUAGUCGACUUUUAAAAUGUGAAAAUGACUUUACUAAGCUACUUAGAUUUUUAAGUUAUUAUUAUUUACAUAGUUUUUAUUUUGAGCAUAAGUAAACUAAAGACUAUACCUAAACAUGAACUGUAUAAUAUUAAUACUUGUGGCUCUAAAACCAGCAAUAAUUGUUAAAAAUUAUAUUUCACUACGAUAUCGAUAAGAAAACAAUUUUAAUGACAAAGAACACUAAAGACCAUACAGACACUUUAUACACGAUUGGCCUUAACAAGUUUCUAUUAAAAAUGUAGGUACUUUACCUUUUUCACCAAUACCCAUUUUCGCCAAAUGAGAUUACUAACUAAUUUUAAUUUUCACUAAAACAUCUUUAUACCGCCAAUAAUUAAUACAUGUACUGAGAAUUUUUUUUUUUUUUUAGUCUUAAGAAGGUACAAUGUAGAUUCUGAGAACAUUUUUCCCGAAAAUUAAAAAACUUUUUAAAGCUGUUAUACGGAAAGGUUAUUUUAAAAUACAAUAAAAUAUUUAUAAACAGUUGCAAACUUGCAAAUCUAAUAAUAAAAACAGUGUAUCGUACAUUUGUUUGAGUAUACCUAUAUAGGUACUCGCAUUAAGUAAAAUAAAGAUGAUUUUGGUAUCAUAAUAAAUAAUAAUAAUAACCCUGUCGACUUUGUUAUGUUAUCAAAAUAUACUGUGACCAUCAUAGGUCAUCAUGGCCAUAGGCGUGUACCGGGUGUGUCUGAACAUAGCCCAUCAUUUUGUAAUUGGGUCCUUUACACCAUAAUCACUGCAGAUAUGUACAUUUUUCUAAACUAUAUGGUAUAGUCUCUAAAAUAUUUUAAAUUAUUUAAAAAAAAAAAACAGAAAUCAUAAAUAACAAUAAUUUAAACUGUCAUAGAAAUUGAUAUAAGAUUCAAGCAAAAAUAUUAAGAUAAAGGACCCAAAAAUACCCCUGAAAUUCAAGUUUGACCGUAACCCGCUUAAAUCGAAACACUUUGGACAGUCAUGUCGCCUCCAUAAAAGUACAAAGGGUAACCAACGAGUGCGAGUCGUUACUAUAUAAUAUAUUAUAUUGUCAUUAAACGUCUAACCAAAACUUUCGUAAACAAUAAAGUCCUUAAAUGUAUUCUGGAAUAGCUAAAAGCUAGUGUACUAUAUUGUAACCAGAAGUAGUUCAGACGGAUGUGUAGAACACAAAGCUGAAAAAUAGAAACUAUAAAAAGAAUAACAUCACUGAUGUCUCAGCAUCUAAAACAAACAUUACUAUGCGUACAGCCAAAAAGAAAAAAAAUACAAUAAUGGUAGAUAGAUGAAUCAUAAUAAUAAUAUGGUAACCUAUGCGAUUUUUUUUUUAUGUAAACGAAAAUCGGUCAUUAUUUCGUGGAAUAGAAGAAUUUUUGGUGGAAACAUGCACUGCCCCGCGCAUAGGUAUUAUAAUAAUUACGAUAGUUACUGUAAUUAUGUUAUCCAAAACUUUGUGGUGUCUUUCUCACACCCCGUCGGCCGUAACCCCACAAUGACGAUCGUAAUCGUUUGUACAUCGUCGUCAUUCACCGUCGUAUCAUAUAAUAUUAUAAUUUAAUAAAUCGACUAAUAUAUCGACUCGUACUCGCAUAGGCGCCGCCAGGAAUUGUAUCAGGGGAGUGCAUCGUGCAUAAUAUAUAGUAUACGUAUCCACUGAUUUCUAAUUCUAUUAUAUAUUCUAUUAAAUCUAUUAUAAUAAAGAUAAUACAAAGAUAAUUAUAUAAAACAAAAUAUUUACAAUACUAUUCAAUUUUUUUUGUUGAAAAGCCAGAGGGGUGCAAGUGCACCCCGUUGUACCCCCCUCGCGGCGCCCAUACGUAUCUAUACCACACGCAUAGACUCACAAUAUUAACUCCCACGAUUAUUGAACACGUAAAAUUAAUAAUGAAAACUAAUAUAAAACUUAUCAAAUUUUAGACAUAUUAUUAUAAUAUUAUAACACAUUAUUAGCAAACUCGACGCAAUAACGCGUGCUGUAAUAAUAUUAUGAAUUAUGAUAUUAUAUACCCAUCAUGAUCAAUAUUAAUCCUAAUAGACUGUACGCAAUGCAAGACGAUAAUUAAGCAAUAAUAAAUAAUAAUAGCUGUAUAGUCGACAAUAUUAUCAUCAUUAUACCUAUAAAUCGUAUUCCAUAAUAUUAUCAUAUAUAAUAUAAUUAUGGAAUUUUCGUUUAAAAAAAAAACGUAGACCGCGUUACACAAAGCCACAGCAGAAGUAUACACAUUACGCAUGCGGCAAAUCGCGGAUUUAAACGGUUUUCAUGUCAAUAAUAGGAUACACCUCCCCGUUGAAUAAAAACCACGGACUAAGUAUAUCUUAGUUCGUGAUAAAAACGUAUUCCUUACAAACGCGUACCCUGCAGUAGCCUAUACCUAUGAUGGUGUUGUUCGAGUAGGUGCAUAUCCGAUCGUCCUAGGCAGCAAUGACUGCGGUUUGAAACUUUGGAAGUCGAGUUAGAAGCUACAUACGCGCGAGCUAUUUUCAGUCGCGAUUUAUUAAAUCCAACGAAAUUACCUAUAUACCGCAUAACGACGCGUGUUCGCUGGACACAUAUUAUAUAGCUGCGUAAAAUUAUCUUGACGAGUUUACCGCUUUACCGCGAUAUUUCAUGUACCUAUAACGCGUAUAACUAUAUAUAGUACGUAAGUAUAUAUAAUGAAUUAUUUUUAACGGUCGUUGAGAGUAUAAUAUUUUAUACACCCGCAGCCCGUCCGGAAAAGUUUAUUUUACUUUUUCGCUCUAGUGAAACUAUGCGCUAAAGUACCUUUCUUUUUUUAUUUCAUACUUUUUCUAAUACACCUACUACCUAGUACCUAACUAUAUAUAAUUUGAUCGCGGUAGAAAAAAAAACACUUUGCCGCUCGACCGCUCUACCUACGUAUAUGUAUAGAUGAUGAUAGAUCACUGCAGUUUAUCAAAUAAUUAAGCUAUUUAAGACUAUUUCGAUGAAAAAAUACAAAAAAAAAAAAAAAACAUUAUAAAUUCUGUACAUUUAUAAAUUAUAUAAUAUAGUCCAAUGCAAUAUGAGUAUCUUGUACACACCUUUAUAAAUAAUUUAUUUUAAAACGUUAUACAUAACUAAUUCAUACUUAAAUUCUCUGUCUUCGUAUUUAUACAGAAGUGACUUAGAUGCCUCACGGGCACACGGCUACACGAAAUAUCUGAUUACAGCACUUUUGUAGCAGACACGACUACACAAGUGACGAGUCGUCGAAUCUAUGACAAAGUUGUUUAUUGAUUAAAAUUGUAAAUUCGUUACUAUUAUACUUAUGUUCAGUUCAAGUCAAUAUAAGUACCUUCCUUUACGAGAAUCAAUAUUAUUGUUGACUAAUAAGUAAAAUUAUCAUAAAACUUGUAUUACCGUUAACAAUGAAGAUAAUAUCUGAUAUUUUAUGAUUAUGAGUAGCAGACAUAAUAUGUACUGUGUACCAAGGUCGUAAUUGGACCCCCCCCCCCCCCGAAACAUUUUUUUAUUAUUAAAUGAUUAAUUAUUAUGCAAAUUGAAUAUUAUAAUGACGACUUCUAUGUACAUUAUUGUAGUGAUAUAUUUACUAUUUCGGUCAAAAUAAAAAAAAUAAUCAACUAGUCGAGACUCAAGAGACUAUAUAUAGCAUAAAAGAGACCCGUAAAUAGUUGUGAACAAAAUAAAUUUACAGAUUUUUCAGGGCGGCAAAUUUUAUGGAAGGUAAUUUUUUUCGUAUGCGUAUAAAUAGGAAUUUAUUUCAGUAUUAUUUGUUUAAUCCCGGGGAUAUUAUACAAAUAUUCUAAUUCCCAUCGUUAAAGCACUGAGCCAAGUGACUAUAUUAUCAUCGCGAGACCAAAUUGUAUACCUUACGACCACGUAUCGUAGAAUAAAUUAUAAUAAUAUAUCGAUGUAUAUAUGCUGAAAUAACUGAUUAAUAUAAUGAUUUUUACUGUUAUCUCAAAACGUUUAUUUAAAAAAAAUUAAAUGUAUAGUUUAGUUAAUAAGAACAUUUUAAUAAGAGUAGGUAUAGUUAUUAUUUUUUAAACGUUCAAUUUCAAUGUUUCAGUAGAUAUCUAGUAAAAAUAAUUUUUUUUAUUAUUAAUAGUAAAUAAUUGUAGGUAUACCAUAUAGGAAUAUUUCGAAAUCAUCUUUUUUUUAAAAAAAAUAAGUACUCCACUGCGGCACUGCCUGUACUAUAGCAUUACAAGUUUUUAUAUAAUUUAUGUUUUGUAAAUGUAAAAAUAUUUUCAAUUUUAAUUUAUAAUUCACAUACCUACCUACUAAAUGUAUAAUUACAGGUAAUAACAAAAAAUAAAAAUAAAUAUGGCAAUUUAUAUUACGAAGACGAAAAAAAAAUCGAAUACCUUUUAAGUUUUAACGAUGUUGAUUUUAACUAAUAUAUACCUGAAACAAACUAAUUACCCAACUGCCAACUCUGCUAGUUUUUCUGUGACCCCUCACUUUCUUCAUACAGCAUACAGACUUAUCUAUAUUACAUAGGUACACAAAUAGUUAUGAAUUUAAUAUUACUUGCCAGUAUUACUACUAUAUAUAGGUACAGCAAAAUUAGCCAUUAAGGCUAGUUAUUUUUGAAUUACUAGAUGGUCGUGUAUAAUUAUCCGUAUUAUAUUAUUAUAGUAUGAAGCAUGGGCGUAGGUAAGGGGGGGGAGUUUUGGGUGUUCAAAGAUGAAGCAAUUUUAAAAUAAAUGUUGUGAAUUAAACUUAAUGUAUAUAUCUAUACCAAAACCCCCUCCGAAAAUAUAUCCUACUCACACCCAUGAUAUGUAGUAGGUAUAAGUGAAUUUAUAAUAAUAAACAUUUUAUUACUUACACCGUUAUAAUAUAUCAGUGUCCUUUGAAAAUCGUAACAUUACGGAUUCGGUAAACAUUUGUUUAAAAAUCAAACGAAAUAUUACAUCUGUGAAUCUAAUAGUCAUAAAAUUUCAGUCGGCCACAUUACAAUAAUAAAUAUAAGUAUACCGUGUGACAACUCAAUUUUCAUACUUCAGUUGUAUUGACUAUAACCCACUUCAAACGAAUCCUUAGUGGUACGAUUAAACCGUUCAGCCGACGUGUAUGCAAAUAUACAUAAUAUAUGCUGGCACAUUGCACGUGCUAUUUUGAUAUUGUCGAUCGAACGACUGUUAUAACAUUAUUUUACGCUCCAAUAUUAUGUGGUCGUAAUAUUACGUAGAUAGGAACCGUGAUUUUAAUUUGUAAAUUAUAAGUAUAUUAAUUACGACUGUAACGAUCUUUUUUAAAGGUCGGACUUCUGCAAUACCGAUAACAAUAUUACUGCUUAGAUGGGUGUCCACACAUAAACGGCCACGCGCGUGGUCACAUAUUGUUUUAAUACAUACAACAUAAUAUUAUAUUAUUUAUUAACAUCAUCUUUUCCGUGUACAUAAUUAGACUGACUAUGAACUUAGGUGUACUGAAGUAUUGUAUGUACAAUUAAAAGGUACCUAUAACGUUCAGACAUCUACAUUAGCAUUUAGUACCUAAUAGGUAUAGAAACUGUGCUAUUAAAAAGUAUUGAUUUUGUUUAUUUGUUUGGAUAAAAGUUAUUUAUGAUAAAUAAUGUUGUUGUAUUAAGCAUAACUAUAUUAAAUAUUGAGUAUGAUUAAAAUAAAUGUAAAUACUUUAUUUCAAUUUUAA